AUGCCCACUUACACCUCCAUCCACCUGGCAGAACGCCCCACCUCGGCCGUUGUGGCCAACAAAACCUUCACCGCACAACACCACCCCAUCCCGCCCGCCUCCAGCCUAAAACCGAACCAAGUUCUCUUCCGCACCCUCUACCUCUCCCUCGACCCCGCCAUGCGCGGCUGGCUUAACCCUACACGCUCCUAUAUUCCCCCCGUCGAAAUCGGUGCCGUGAUGCGCGGCUCAGGCAUCGGCCUCAUCGUCGCCUCCACAUCCCCCCGCUUCCCCGUCGGCACCUACACCACGGGCAUGUGCGGCUGGAGCGAGUACGCCAUACUUGAUGACAAGCAUGUGGAGGCUUUGGAUCUGCCCGCCGGCGCUGUCCCCACGGAUGCGCUGGGCGUGUUGGGCAUGACGGGCUUGACUGCCUACUUUGGCAUCUUGGAUGUCGGCAAGGUCAAGAAAGGUGACUUUGUGGUUGUCAGUGGAGCGGCGGGGGCGACGGGGAGUGUGGUCGGUCAGAUUGCGAAGAUCAUGGGGGCAACGGUGUUGGGGAUUGCGGGCGAGGACAGCAAGGUUGCGUGGUUGAAGGAAGAGUUGGGCUUUGACGAGGCGUUGAACUACAAAGACCCCGAGUUUGCUAAGAAAUUUCGUGCGGCCACCCCGGAUCUCGUCGAUGUCUAUUUCGAUAAUGUGGGUGGGGAGAUUUUGGAUUUGGCGCUUAGUCGGGCCAAGCCGUUUGCCCGGUUUGUCAUGUGUGGUGCGAUUAGUGAGUAUAACAAAAGCAAGCCUCAGGGGUUGAAGAACUACAUGAUGAUAAUCUCCAUGCGCAUCCGCAUGCAAGGUUUCAUCGUCUUCGACUACGCCUCGCAAUACCACGCCGCGCGCGCACAACUCGCCCAAUGGCUCUCCGAAGGCAAACUGAAACGCAAGGAAACCAUUGUUCAGGGCGGCAUUGAAAAGGCAGCCGACGCGCUGGUGGGCCUUUUUGAGGGACGCAAUACAGGGAAGAUUAUGGUCAAGGUGGCGGAUGAGGGCGAAGUCGCGUCAAAGUUGUAG